AUGACGCGACCUCAUAUCAUCAGAGCAGACACCAUCGACCUGCAGGACAAGACAUCGCCGACCGCCAAGGACCACUCUCAGCAGCCUCAACACCCGGCGCCUCUUGGAAUUGGCCCGGCAGCGCCUCAUCAGCAGGCCGCUAUACGGCAAGUCGAGCAAGAGCGCAACUCGGAGGAGGCGCGUCUACAAGAUGCAUGGAGCGACGCUGGCAACACGCUACGAGAUGACCCCGGCUCCGAUGACGAACGCACUGUCAUGACCAACGCCAAUGGACGAAAGGGCACGCAACAGGAUGAACAAGCUGUCAGGUUGAACGGCGGUACAUCCAGCGACAACGAUGAUGCCGACAUGCAGGAUGCCGACGUCGAGGAAGACAUGGACGACGACAUGGACAAGAUUUCGAGUUCGCCCUCGAUAGACGAUGGUGGGUAUUCUCUAUCUUUUCACCCUGCGAUCUGGCCGGCAAGACAAGAGUCUCUGACUCCCCAGUCUUCGCCGAUGCUCUCGACGAUCGCUUCUUCUUCCCCAUUUACAAACACGCCCAUUCAUUUUCCUAUUUCUGUCGCCAACGCUCGAAGACCGCUCAGCGUCCCAGCGUCCGACACAUCUCCUACUUUGGGGGAUCGACCUGCAUCGAUCCCCAUUUCUUUGCGAUUUCCCUUACACACAGAAACCAAGUCAGCGGAGCAUCAUCGUGGUGAGUAUUCCUGGACAAGGGCCACCGCCGCACCGGACAAGGGCGACAACGUACACAUAGGGGUGGGUAUAAGUCCGAGGACGAGUCAACUGCGGGCAGUCGAACACCGUAUCGAGAUCAGACAAGACUCAGACGCAUCACUAAUGUCCGAAUUGGACGAGGAGCAGGUCAAGCGCAUGUUGGAACCGAUUAAUCGUACCCUCCUGGACACGUCGGACGACCCCUUCCUGGAUCCCACUCCAAGUCCACCUCGAACGACCAACGGCACCCCUCCACCAAAGGCCAGACAACCCGAAGAUGAAGAGGAUUCCUGGACUACCGACAGUGACGCCGACUCCUGGGACCAAGAUCCGGACCAAGACAACGAUGAUGCAUCCAAUGACGUCUCUUUCUCUGAUGAUUCCAGAUUUAUCGACUCAGGAUGGGGAGGCGAAUGCUUACGAGAAACAGAAGAUAUCGACUUCGAAUUUGUCUACGCCCUGCACACAUUUGUCGCGACUGUCGAGGGUCAAGCAAACGCAACGAAAGGUGACACGAUGGUGUUACUUGACGACAGUAACAGCUACUGGUGGCUGGUACGAGUUGUCAAGGACAACAGCAUCGGUUACCUGCCCGCCGAACACAUCGAGACUCCAACAGAACGCCUAGCACGCCUCAACAAGCAUAGAAACAUAGAUCUCUCUGCAACAAUGCUUGGAGACACCGCCGAAAAGUCCAAAAAUCCACUCAAGAAGGCCAUGCGACGAAGAAAUGCCAAAACCGUACAAUUCGCGCCACCUACCUAUGUCGAAGCCUCGGACUAUGACUACUCUUCUGAUGAAGGUGAGGGCGAACUUUUCGGUGGCCCAGAACCGAAGCAAAUACAGCAGCAGCAAGUAGCAGCAACACAGGAUGGCGAUUCUGCCCACGAAGAGAAUCUCGAAGUACAACCACUGAAGGUAAAUGGUGCAAAGAAGGACGGUCAAGCUGAAAGUGAUGCACGAAGCUCAGGCGAGGAGCCUGCGAAACGAGCAGAAGAUCGAGAAAGAGGAAGCGAGGAAGCGGUAGAUCGACCUUUGGAUCCCAAAGUUUCUCGCAAUGGCACGCUGCGCAACACAGACUCGUUCUUCAAGGAUGAAAACACGGAAACACGCAAGAUCACACUUACUCCUAAUCUGCUUCGCGAUGACUCAAGUACGUCAACUACCGGCUCCCGUGAGCGUGGGCCUAGUCUCGAGAGUUUGGAGAAGAAUGGUUUCGCGGACAAAGUCAAAGACGACAAGAAGAAGAAAGAGAAAAAGUCGGGCAUGCUCAGUGGGCUCUUCAAGCGCAAGGACAGGAAGGGCAAAGGCGCACAAGACUCCAUGGAUAGCGACAUUGAGAGGCCCGAAGAAGCGGACCGCAGCUCGCCACAAUCGAAACCGUCCGACGAACUUGCAGAACGAUCGUCAGCUGAACAGGUGACAGCUCCAGCGCCCGUGAGACAGUUGAGCAAGCCCAAGGUGCAUAGAAGUCACCGAGACGAUUCACCGCAAAAGACGAAGGGCAUUUUGAAAACCGAAAGCCCGACUGAGUUGAGCGCUGAGCCGGAUGUCCAACUGGACAGAGUGGACAAUCAGCCGGCCGCACAACAAUCUACCUCGACCAUGCGUCUAGUACCGCCUGAACAAGACGAGGCAGGCAAGUCGUCGGUAGAAGAACAAACCAGGUCGCCAGACUCAACAUCCAACACUACAAACUCAAGAAACCCAUUCAGUGGUAUGGUGAAGCCUCAACAAGAAGGAGACGUGAAGCGCGAGAAGGUCACCAAGGCGAAGCAGCGUGUGCAGUUGGAUGAUUUCGAUUCGGACGAAAGCAGCGAUCCUUUCGCGGACCCUGAUGCUCAGGACAAGCAGGGAGAACCCGAGAAUGUAGAGUCUACGGGGCGCCUUUCCGAGUCGCCAGUUCACGUCUCCGCAGCGGACGCACAACCCUUGCACAAAGGGGCCAUUGCCGACAGGGAAAAAGAGUCGGAAUCCCACCAUGCUCCAGGCUUAUCUACUGAUAGCUCAAGCCAAGAAACCAGCUCGCCCAUAUCAACGCCUACGCCUGACGACAGCCCCAUGAAGACCAUUCCUGAGAACAACGCCCUUUCGACCUUCAGGUCUGACUACACUUCAUCGCCUACGCAUCAUGCAUCUGAACCUGCUGGACCUCCGCCUUCAAGACCGGCGCCUAACCCCACCAAGGAUCGCGAACCCUCGCCCCCCGUGUCUUCUGAAAGCACAAUGCUUCCUGCGUGGUCCGACGCCUCCCUUCGUGCCUACCUCGAUGACGGUAGCGAGAUUCGGGACAUGCUCGUCGUUAUCAACGAUACUACUGGUGUUGUCCCAGUUAGCCGUGAUCAUCCCCUCAUGAAGAACUAUCUCGCCGAAGAGACGAAGACCAUGCAAGGCCUGAGUGGCGAAUUGGACCGUCUGUUGAACGGACUUAUGGAGAAACGCAUGAAGAGAGCGGGAAGUGGUGCUAGCACAGCACGCAGCACAAGCGCCAACGGGAGUUUGAGGGCGGGUUCUAGGUUCUAG